GGGAUCAGUUCGGCAUACCAAGUUUGGUUUCAACACAUCUCAAUCAUCAUGAAAUUCUUCUCUGCUUCUGCUUUUGUCGCAGCACUUGUUGCAUCUGGAAACGCCUGCCUCGGAGGAUCCGGAGGUGGUGGAUGCUGCCCACAGGCUCAGCCAAGCUGCGGAAACCCAUGCGGAGGAGGUCUUGGUCCAGCUGGAGCCGGCCCAGCCGCCUACCCAGUUGCUCCACCAUCAUACGCAGCUCCACCACCAGCCUACGCUGCACCAGCCGGUGGAUACCCAACUGCCGGAAAGAAGUAAAUGAUGCCAUGAACUAAGAACCUUCUUUUUCUGUAUAUUUUGAAAAAGUUUAACUUUUUGUCUUUCAUUGUUUUUUCUAAACUCAAAUAAAAAAUCGCAUUC